UUUUAUACUCUCGCAACAAAGUUGCUAAAGAGAAUAUUAUAGUUUUGUUCACAUAACGGUUGUUUGUAAGUCCUAAAACCAAAAGAGUCAGAUAUAGGGUUAUAUAUACCAAAGUGAUCAGGGUGACGAGUAGAGUUGAAAUCCGGAUGUCUGUCUGUCCGUCCGUCCGUCCGUGCAAGCUGUAACUUGAGUAAAAAUUGAGAUAUCAUGAUGAAACUUGGUACACGUAUUUCUUGGCUCCAUAAGAAGGUUAAGUUCGAAGAUGGGCAAAAUCGGCCCACUGCCACGCCCACAAAAUGGCGAAAACCGAAAACCUAUAAAGUGUCAUAACUAAGCCAUAAAUAAAGAUAUUAAAGUGAAAUUUGGCACAAAGGAUCGCAUUAGGGAGGGGCAUAUUUGGACGUAAUUUUUUUGGAAAAGUGGACGUGGCCCGCCCCCUACUAAGUUUUUUGUACAUAUCUCGGAAACUACUAUAGCUAUGGCAACCAAACUCUAUAGAGUCGUUUCCUUCAGGUAUUUCCAUGUACAGUUCAAAAAUGGAAGACAUCGGAUAAUAACCACGCCCACCUCCCAUACAAAGGUUAUGUUGAAAACCACUAAAAGUGCGUUAACCGACUAACAAAAAACGUAAGAAACACUAAAUUUUACGGAAGAAAUGGCAGAAGGAAGCUGCAUCCAGGCUUUUUUUUAAAAUUGAAAAUGGGCGUGGCGUCGCCCACUUAUGGACCAAAAACCAUAUCUCAGGAACUACUAAUCUAAUUAAUUUUACAGCAAAAUAAAAAAAAUAUGUAAAUGACGGAUAAUGAAAUCUCGAUUAUCACUUUAUCAAGCGAGAGUAUAAAAUGUUCGGUGACACCCGAACUUAGCCCUCCCUUACUUGUUUUAUUAAUGUUUUUUUUUAAUUUAAAAUUUGCAUAAAUUUGGUAAAAAGUUAACUACUGUUUCUGCGGUCCACAUAUUGAGUACCUAGGAGCUUGAAAAGUUUAAGUUCAACUUGGGCAAUUUUUGGUCAUUAGAUGGAAUACUUCAAAAGCCAUUAUUUGUUUUGAUGAAAUAAUAUCUCGGGACCCACUCCGUCGAUUUGGACCAAAUUUUGUACGUGGCAUUCUCAUCUUCCUAUGCUACAGUGCGAAAAUGAGUGAAAAUUUUAGCGACAUGCAUACUUAAGAUUGUAUAACGACAUAAAACUUUGUAGGAAUAAUGUCUUUCGAGUAUGCCACUUUAUCACCAAAAAUUGUUCAAAUUCCAAAAAAACUGUUCAACCCUGGUACCGAAUAUUUGGACAUCAGUACCUAAAGUUGAAUUUUUAUCUCAAAUAACGGUUAAUGUGAGAGUAUAUAAGAUAUGUAUAAUUGAAAUUGAGAGAGAAACUUUUCCUAAUAAAAGUACGUCUGUGUAUCAAAAAUGUGUUGAAUCGGGUCAAUACUUCCCUUAGCUCCCAUAUACCUAAUACAAAGAUUUUCGAAUUUCGGGUUAACUUUAUACCGCAUAUAUCGGCUAAUAUGUGAGAUUGAAAGAUAUAGCGUGUUUUUCUUAAAACGGUGCAUCUUUGUGCUUAGAAUGAAUAAAAUCGGGUGAAAACUCGUCCUAGAGGCCUAACAAGCCUCAUGUACCUGAAGGCACUUCCCUGGCUUUAAUCCUUGCAAUACCCAAAUUUCCUUACUUGUUAUAUAACAGGUGGUACAAAACUAAACUCCCGAUGUUUUUUGGAAAAUGAAAAACUUUGAUUCUGCUUGUGGAUUAUUUUUAUUUGGUCUUUUAAAUUUUUUUUACAUCAAGUCGAGAAUAUCAUGUAAAUGUCGCCGCCGCAGUUUAUUGUCAUUUGAGCCCUUUUUAUGGCAUUUUCUAUCACUUUGGCCAGAACUUCAGGCGAUAGGUCCUCACAUUCUUGAUGAAUAUUGUUUUUAAGAGCUGGAAGAGGGUGAGGCUUGUUGACAUAAACCCUCGACUUCCAAAAGCCCCACAAAAAUAAGUCUGGAGCGGUCAAAUCAAGCGAUCUUGCUGGCCACUGCAAAUCGCCAUAACGUCAGCAUAUCGUUUGUGGCACGCAGUGUAGCGUACCAUUGUUUAUUUACGUGUAUUUCAUCGGACAUUAGAGCUCAAUUGCAAAAUUUAUAGCAUCUUCUGAUCAUCUUCUGACUUUUGCGCCACCCUGUAUAUAAUCCUAUAUCUAUCUUAAUUAGAUUUAGGUGAUACAUACAACCGUUAAGUUAAUCGAAAAAUGUGCCUUUUUGGCACAAAUUCAGGCACAUAGAUAACACUUUGCCAACUAAUACUAAUUGAUUCUUGAUUUGUGUACUAUAGUUUGUGUACUAUAGCAUUUUAAAUUGUGUUAUAUGGGAAUUAGGCAUGGUUGUGGUCCGAAUUCGAUCAUUUUCGCACAGUAAGAUAAAAAUGACAGUGGAAAGUCAUAUAUCGAAUUUGUUUAAAAGCGGUGGAGCAGGUCCCGAGAUAUGCGAUUUUACCUAGAAAUGGGCGGAGCCACAUCCAUUGUCCAAUUUUGACAUCGGCUCCUAUAAAGCCCCUUCAUACCAUCUGGGGAUCAAAAUUUAAUAUAUUUGGCGUAAUCAGUUAUUGCACUGACGGACGUACGGACGAACAGUCAACCGGAGUCCAUCUUUUAUCGCCACCCUGAUUAUUUAUAUAUACAUAUAUGUAUGUAUAACGCUAUGUCUCUCUCGAUUAGUUUUAGAUGAUACGUACAACCGUUAGGUGAACAAAACUAUAAUACUCUGUAGCAAUUGGUUGCAAAAAUAUAAAAAAAAAUCUUUUAUUACUUAGAGUUUCAUGUAACUGUAUGCAAAUCAAAAUUUGAGUUAGUGAUUCAAAAACUACGAUAGCACGAAAAGGAGCUGCCUUUAUGUCGCGAUGUCUGAAUUUGGUAUCUACGCAAAACUAAUUCGGCUGUGUAAACUGACGUGGAGGAACACCAAAAGCUCCGUAAGGAUCGGGAAGGAUCUCUCGAUACCAAACGAGGUUUCAGACAAGGCGAUUCCCUUUCGUGUGACUUCUUCAACCUACUUUAAUUAACAGAGAAGGUACCAUCUUAUAUAAAAGAGUACAGCUGCUGGCAUACGCCGAUGAUAUCGAUAUCAUUGGCCUCAACAACCGCGCUUUUAGUUCUGCUUUCUGCAGAAUGGAUAAGGCAGCGAAGCAAAUGGGUCUGGUGGUGAACGAGGGCAAGACGAAAUAUCUGUCAUCGAAUAAACAGUCGUCGCACUCGCGACUAUGCACUCACGUCAUUGUUGACAGUCAUAACUUCGAAGUCGUAGUUAAUUUCGUGUAUCUUGAAACCAGCAUCAACAACAACAACAACGUCAGCCUCGUCAAUAUAACGCAGAAUAUCUCUUGCCAACAGGUGCUUCUUCGGACUAAGUAGGCAAUUGAGAAGUAAAGUCCUCUUUCGACGAACAAAAAUCAAACUCUAUAAGUCACUCAUGAUUUCCGUCCUGUAAUAUGGUGCAGAGACAUGGACGAUGACAACAUCUGAUGAGUCGACGUCACGCGUUUUCGAGAGAAAAGUUAUGCGAAAGAUUUAUUGCGUUUUGGUCACGGCGAAUGGCGCAUUCAAUGGAACGAUGAGUUGUAUGAGAUAUACGACGACAUUGACAUAGUUCAGCGAAUUAAAAGACAGCGUCCAGAAAAACCCUCUCCUCCAUGAAUGUACAUAGGUUUCCUGAUGUUUGUUGCACUACGAUAACAAAUAUCCUGAAUAUAUGUACAUACAUAUAUUAGAGUGCAGUCAAAUGUUUUUAUCUGCAUUCUGUAUACUCGUGAAAUUUAAUUUCAUUUAUUAGCAAUUGUGGAUAUAUGUAGAUAAUGGAAUUCGUCUUUAUAUAUGAAUACAUAUAUACAUAUGUAUAUUACACAUGUUGUUUUGUUACUUUUCUUUUUACAAUAUCGCAAUGUUCUUAAUUUUAAUAAACUUUUUUAAUUAAAAAAAUUUUCUUGCCGAAAACGAGGCCCUUCCCCACCGGUUAAUCGCCUUAACAUAACCGCGUUGUAAUUGUACCCUUCUUGUAUUCUACGUUGUCCGCAACCCAAAAUUGGGCCCGCAGUUAUGCUGAAAAUGCAGAAAUCUUGUGGACAAUAUAUGUACAUACAUAUGUUCACAGCCAAGGCUUACUAAUUAUGUAUAAUGUAUUCUAUACAUAACCUAGUCAGCUAGAAGAAUUAAUGAGUUGGUUGUGUAAAGUGCCCACAAUAACAACAUAUCGCGUAAAUUCGCUCCGAACCACUGUGCCAGCAUUCAAACAGAAAUUACAAGAAAUAUUACAUGAAAGAUAUACACAGCCACCCAAAGUGUAUGAAAUACCCAGUAUUCCAGAGGUACUUUGCAUUUUGCCAACAUCGUUUAGCGUUGAUAUGAAGCAGAAGCAGUCAGACUUACAACGUGAGGUUGUAGUCGACAGCUGCUGUGGUGCGGCUUUACUACGCGGCGCUCAUAUCUAUGCACCUGGCGUGCUUGCAAUGGAGGCAGGUACCAAAAUAAAUGAGGAGGUUUUAGUCUACGCCGAUUUGGCGGGUAAAUGUAAGCAGGGUACAAAUAUUCGAUAUGAUUCGCUCGAUAAAAUUUUUUUGGGCGUGGGUGUCGUACGAAUGCAACGUCAUCAGAUUUUUGGACCUACAAUGAGUAGUACUGCUGAGCCUUUGAAAGGAAUUGCAGUGGAAAUGAUUGAAACUAUGUCCGGCGUACCGACCAUUGGUGAUCUGAGCUGCAAAGAAGCGCUUCUUCAAAACCUGCCGUCUAUUGUAUGCGUAAGGGUACUGAAUCCUCAACCAGGCGAACGUGUGUUAGAUAUGUGUGCGGCGCCCGGAAAUAAAACAACUCAUAUAGCAGAGUUAAUGGGUGAUAAAGGUGAAGUAAUAGCGCUCGAUAAGGUAGCCAAUAAAAUCUCUGGCAUGUUGGUAAAAAUAACGAAUUUAGCCUUGAAGAGCAUACGCGCCUAUAAUUUUGACGCCACGAAAGCUUUCUGCGCAGAUAAGGAAGCAGAAGACAAUGAAUGCUUGGGCAUGCCACCUUUUGCCGCCAAUACGUUUGAUAAAAUCUUACUUGAUGCACCAUGUAGCGCUUUGGGUAAUAGACCGUUACUUGUGGGUCCGCCUAAUAUGUCCCAACGUAUGCUCCAAUCGUACCCAAAAGUUCAGCGAAAAUUAUUUUCCGCCGCAGUGCCAUUGUUAAAACCAAACGGUGUUUUGGUUUAUAGUACUUGCACAGUGACUGAAGAGGAAAAUGAAGGCAUGGUUGCUUGGGUACUAGAGAAAUUUCCACAGAUGAGGCUGGUCCCUGCAACUCCCCAUCUUGGCGGCAUUGGUCUUGAACAAACAGCUCUUAGCGAUGUUGAGAGGCAAUACGUGCAACGGUUUGGUCAACAACCAAAGGAAUUCGAAGGAAUUCCCAUUGACACCGUUGGAUUUUUCAUAGCAAAGUUUAUAAAGGAAUAUUAAAUGUCAUGUGCUUGGAGACUGUAAUUUCUGUUUUAAAGACUAUGUCUGUAUCAUAUGUACCCUAUGCAUUUCUUUCACUUUAAGUAAAUAUUAAAAUCAUGCAGUACUUGCUCAAAAUUAAGUUCUUUA